GGCAAGUCGAUCCGUCACCAGGGCCGAAAACGUCACUUCCGGAUCCAUUCCGGAUCCAUUCGUUAUCAACUACCAUGUAAACACAAUGUAAUAAAACUCGACAAGAAGCGGAUUAAAAAUGGUACAGUGCUGUGUCCCGUUGUGUAAGAACAGAAACGACGUCGACAAAGGAUUCCCCUUUUACCGUUUUCCUGUCGACGAGAAAGUCAGCAAAAAGUGGCUGAAGUUGAUACGACGUGACAAUUUCACUCCAACUCCUAAUACCAGGAUCUGCGGGUGGCAUUUCCCGAAUGGAAAGGCAGCCGGACCCACAAGAUUUGCAUGGAACGAGGGAAAGGCUUUUCAGUCCAUUGAACAGCCAUCCAAACGACUGAAGACACUCCCUGUCACUGAGGAAGAGGAAGACGAGGCAGAGGCAGGUUCAUGCCACCUUGAAGUUCAACGAUCAACCGAAUUGUUGCAAAUGGAGAAUGCCCAACUGAAAGAAGAAAAUUUAAGAUUGCAUGCACAACUACAGAAUCAUAAGCAAACAUUUUCAUUCGACCAAAUAUCCUCUGUGCCCCGCAAAGUCAUUUAUUACACAGGCAUGCCUGAUGCUGCCACAGUUUUCUUUCUAUAUGCCCUUCUUUCCAAAUUUCCCCUCAAGUAUCACUAUGAUUGGACUGUCCAAAGUAUGCCACUAAUUGAUCAAUUGCUGUUAACUCUGAUGAAGCUCCGGCUGAAUUGUGGGAUCGAAGACCUCUCCACCAGAUUUAACUGCAGUCGAACCACAGUCACCAAUAUUUUUAUGACCAUCUCCAGUGCCCUUUAUGACAUCUUGUACGUUGGAAUGAUGGAAAACAACAUCCCUUCCCGUUUCAAAAACCAAACCUCCCUGCCAGAGUGCUUCCUCCCAUUCCCCAACUGCCGUAUUGUGCUUGACUGCACUGAAGUGGCUGUCUGCAACACCGAAAGCCUUGAGGACCAAAGUAAGCUGUACAGCCAUUACAAAGGAUGCACCACACUUAAGGCUCUGGUCGGUGUGGCGCCCAAUGGAGUUAUCACGUUUGUUAGUGAACUGUAUGGUGGGAGCAUAUCCGACAAAGCCAUAACAGCUGACAGUGGAGUGCUGGAACAACUUGUUCCAGGGGACAUGGUGAUGGCUGACAAGGGCUUCACCAUCCGCGACAUUUUGCCCGAAGGUGUUUCCCUCAACAUCCCCACAUUCCUUGUCGAUGGACAGUUCACAUUGCAGGAAGUUCAGUAUAAUAGACUGAUUGCCAGUGCCAGAGUCCAUGUGGAACGUUCUAUUCAGCGCCUGAAAACAUUUCGGAUUUUAAAAGAGAUCCCACAUCAGUACAAGAAACAUGGAAACAAGAUCUGGAAAGUGUGUGUGUGCUUGAUGAACUUACAGACACCCAUCCUGAGGGAAGUAGAUGUCUGAUCUUACCAGUCAUCAUAAAUAAUCAGUUAUCAUAAUAUUGUAUAUAAAUAAAUGUUAUAGUAUGUCUUAAUUUGUGUUUGUCUUUUGCAUUAUAUUCACACAGUAAUAUUGUUUAAUGUAGAAUGAAUAUCUAAGAUAAGUACUUGGGCAUUCCAGCGGCGCAGGUGUUGGACAAAACAAGAUAACUUUAAGGAAAUAAUUCAGUUAAUGUACCAUGAAGUAUUUUGGAGCAUAGAACAGUGUUAAGUACUUGGGCAUUCAAGUCCAAUCUCACACACAUCCACAUUCUUUUUUGUUGGUUGGGUGCAGGUUCAAAAUGUGAAGUACUUGUAAGGUAAUGAAAGAACUGCACACUGAUAAGCUCCCAUUUACACCAUUUUUAUUCCGAAACAUCACUGGAAUAAAAAAAUAGUAAGAGUAAAUGGGAGAAGAGUAAAUAAAAGAGUAAAUGGGAGCUCACGGUGUGCGGUUCUUUCAUUACCUUGCAAGUACUUGGACAUUCCCUUUGUAAGGCUAGAUGCAAGAUGAGACAACUUCCUAAAGACACAUGCUGU